AUGGACAAGGUAAAAAAACAGAACUACGUGACCUUUGUUGGUGUUUCAGGGUCCGGGAAGUCAGCCACGGCUCGUCACAUUGCCCUCAAACUCAAAGAGGAAGGUUACGAGGUUGUACCUAUUACAGAAAUCAGAGAAAUUAAGGAUUAUUGUGACACGCAGAAUCCUCAGGUUUUUGUCAUUGAUGAUGUAGUUGGUGUUCAUGGCCUUCAGAAAACGAAGUUAGAUAUUUUGGAAGCUUAUGAAAAAAACAUAUCAAAUCCUUGCAUGUGUCUUUCUAUAACUUUGAUGACAUGCAGAGAGGUUGUGUUUAAUGAAGCAUUGUUUUGUGAACCCUUCUUUACAAAAAAACAAAAUGUUAUAAAGCUGCAUGACUCAGAAAAUGCGUUAGAUAACAAUGAUAGGAAAUUGAUGCUUCGAAAAUAUGGUCUAGAUGUAGAUUUACUGUCACCUUCAUCGCUGGCAGCAGUAUCUCGUAUGUUUCCACUUCUUUGUAAACUUUACUCAGGGGGAGAAAAGUUUCGACGUUUCAAUUUAGAUUUUUUUAUCUCACCAAUAACUUGUAUUCGUCGGCAAUUUUAUGAAAUGCAAAGACGGAAAGAACUUCAUUAUGCAUCACUUGUGUUAUGUAUGCUAAAUGGAGGUCACAUCUCAGAAGAUGCUUUAGAAAUCAAUGAGAACGAAUCUUUUAUUGAUAUUAAAAGAGAGGUGUUAAAAAAUUGUAAAGUAGAAAGCAAUACUGAUACAUUCAAAUUCAUCGGUGCUUUGUCAGCCAUGGAGGGGACGUACACAAAACAAAGUGGUACACAUUACACUUUUGUACAUGACUCAAUCUUUGAAAUAUUAGCUUAUCAAUAUGGCCAACAGUUUCCUCAGCAAAUUUUAAAGUGUUUGAAUAGUACUUACAUUGCAAACUGUGUGAAGCCCAAGACAAAUGAAGUUAGCAAUGUGAGAGAAAGUGAAGAGAGAAUGAAUGCUUCUGAGUCAGAGAAGUGCGAUGAAGGUAAUGAGACUGAAGGGUCCUUCGAUCUCUGUAUAAGAUUAAGUGAGGAUCAGUAUCCACAGCUAGCCCAGAGGUUGUACAGAGACAUAGAGGAAAUGGAACUUUACGACGUGUUCAUGAACGAUGCUUUGAAACAUCCUCAGGUGUGUCAAGCUUUUAUUGAAGUACUUAAGGGUAAAAGCUACAUAGAAGUAAAAUCCUUAUUCUUUGAUGAGAUAGAAACCAUAGAAUUCUCUGGGGUAUUUGAGUCAUUGACAAAGGGGAAGCCGUACAACCAACUAUUGACGCCACAACAAAGAAAAUUGUGGAGAAGUAGGCACAAGGCAUCAAGUCUUACACUGUCUAAGCUUUUGUUGUCCAAUAAGUUGAGAGUGAUUAGCUGGGUUAUUUGUUUUGGACAUCAUGGGAUCCUCCAGUAUCUUGUAAAACAGACUGAAGAUCACCAAGAAACAAACUCUGUGAUGUUUUGUGAAAAUUGGUGGUUACAAAAGCUUAAAUCUAUAUGGCGUCUGAUUGUUAGUCUGAUAUGGAGAUCAUUUGAAUACCAAGAGGAAAAGAAACGAUUACUCUUGCUUUGUUGUUUAAGUGGUGAUGUGGACACUCUUAAGAUAUUGCUGCAAUAUGUAAGUAGAGAUUAUAUCAAUCUGGCAGCCACACCAGAGGGAUGGUCCACACCAUUGAUAGUAGCUUGCGAGGAGGGACAUGCUAGUAUAGUUAGGGAGCUGAUUAGUGUCGGGGCUAAUGUAAAUCUACCUGAUAGAUAUGAAACACCACUGACAGUAGCGUGUAGGCAUGGACAUGAUAAUGUAGUAAAUGAGCUAUUAAAGGCAAAUGCUGAUGUCAAUCUAGAAAAUAGAUUUGACACACCACUGACAGUAGCAUGCAGGGGUGGAUUUUCGAAUGUGGUGGAAAAACUCUUGAAGGUUGAAGGGGUUGAUGUUAAUUCACCAGAUAUAGAAGGAAAUACGCCAUUAGUGAAUGCAUUACUCAUGGGUUUUUCUACAGUUUUAGAAAAGCUCCUGGAAUAUGAUAUAUUUUGUGUUAAAGAAGUUGACAUUGGUGUCUCCGCAUUGUACGCGGGAUUUGCAAUGAACAACACAGAAAUAGUCGAGGGUUUAUUAAAAUCAAAACAAUUGAAGGGAAAAGAUGGGAAAAGACACCUGUUUAAUAUUCUGGUCGAUAUAAGAAAAGCUAAUGUAAAAACAGACUGUAAAGAUGAUGUUACGGAGACAAACAGACGAGUAUUGCUUAUGGAAAGUAGGGGAAAUUGGUCAAAGGCUAUCCUAUCCGAGGAUAGUCGUGUAUUGAGACAUCUGUUAAAUGUCGGUCUGGAUAAGAAUCAGUUGAUACAGCUUUACACUGAUGGCUUGUAUGAGUCUGAUUUGAGACCCCUCCUACAUGUAGUUAUUGAUGAAUAUUAUGUUAAUGACAGAAUUGAGAAAAUAAAAAUUCUGCUGGAGGCAGGGGUAAAUGUGAAUGCAAAAUCUAAGCUGAAAACGAUUGACCCUUGGUUUGGAACUCGAAAAAGUAGAGAAUGCAAUAAUAUGUUAGACAGGGAGGGUAUUUCAGCUCUGGAGAGAACAAAACGAAUAAUAAAUGCAUCUGCACAUGAUGAUUUCGUAUUAACGAGGAUUAAAACUCCCGAGUACAAAAAAUUGAUGUUGGUAUUAAAAAAACGUGUCAGACGUCAUUCUGCAAGUCAGUGA